AUGUUGUGCGGCUGUGGCAUCAUCAUCCGUCUACCUCAAUGGUUCCGUUGGAGGGAAAGCGGGAAGAAGAACGACGAUGCCGGCGAAGUAACAGCUGGUCCUCCAACAUACAUCAGUGCGAUUGAAGGGGUGGCCUCUCACGCUGACGAGAUCGGUCCGCAAGAGGUGAUCGCGGACGGUCCCAAUUUUUGGAGAUCCCAAAGUCCAUCACCUGAACCUUUGGGAAAUACUCCACGAGCCGACGAAGGAGAGGGCUUGAAGAGCAUCCAAUUUUGA